AUGCCUGAAUAUGCAAAUCAUUUAAGAGCUACAUUUGAACCAAGUGAUACAAAAUUAUUAACAUCAUCAUCAACUUCAAAAUUAUUAAUAGAAUCACCAACUUUAGUUACAGCAUUAUCACAAAUUUUUCCAUAUUUAUUAUUAAUAGAUAGUUUUUUAGAAACAAUAACUUGGACAAAUGAUGAUCAUUAUAGAAAUUUUUUAAUAAUGACUAUAUAUUCAUGUCUUGUUAUAUAUUGGAAUUUAAUAAGUUAUUUUAUUUUACCAAUAUUAUUAUCAUUAUUUUUUGCAAAUUUAAUAUGGCUGAUUAGUUCAAUUAUAUAUGAUUCAAAAUAUGAUGAAAAACCAACAAUUGAUGAAGUAAUAUAUACUUUACAUAAUAUAACAGUUAGAUUUGAAAUGAUUUUAAGACCAAUAAAACAUUUACCAUUUACAUUUAAAAAUUUUUCAAGAUUAAUUUUUGGUACUAUUUUGAUUACUCCUAUACAUUUAUUAUUAAUUAAAACAAUUUUACCACCUCAGAAAUAUUUAUGGUUUGUUGGAAUUUUUAUUUUCACUUUUAAUAGUCCUUAUUCAUACGCUAUAAGGCAGUUGUUGUGGAGAUCUCUAUAUUUGAGGAUAGCCGUUGUAUAUGUAACAGGAUUAGAUAUAAAGGUUUCAAAAUAUAUUAAUUCAAAUGAAUUUACAAAUGCUUCUGACUUACCAAUUAAUACAAAUCUAACAACAACAACUACCAAUGAUUCAGAAGAUCAGAAUAAAUUACCAACAUUAUCAAAUUUUAAAAUUAUUAAUAAAAAAAUGAUAUCACCAACUCAAUUAAAACAAACAGUAGUAUUUGAAAUAUUAGAAAAUCAAAGAAGAUGGUUAGGAAUAGGUUGGUCAACAUUAUUAUAUCCAAGUGAAAGAAAUAAUUUUUGUUAUAAUAAUACUUUUCAACCAGCUCCAAAUAUUUUAAUAAAUAAUCAAGAUGAUGAUUUUCCAUUUCCUAUAUUUGAAAAUGAUAUUUAUGUAUAUCAAUGGGAAUGGAUAGAUAAAUUUUGGAAAGUUGAUAAUGAAUUUAAUAAGGGGAAAGGUAGAGAUGGUUGGGUUUAUUAUGAUAAUAAAUGGGAACAUCCAAGAUAUAAAGAUGGAUUUAGUAAAUAUACAAGAUCAAGAAAAUGGAUUAGAACUGCUGCUUUAAUUAUUGAUAAACAUGAAACUGUAUAUGAUGAAUAA